AUGGACAGGUCGCUCGUCGCCACGGCGGCAGAAAAGGCGGACCGCAUACCUUGCGAGUCCUCCUCGUCCGCCCGCCCGUCCCUGGACCGCAUCCCCUCCCAGCAACAUGAAGCCGACGCCAACAUGUACCCGGACCCGUCCAACGUCGUCGAAGCGGAUCUCGAGAAGGGCGGGUUCGCGCCCGUCCCUCAACCCACCGGUGCCAAGAGCCCCGGUUCCGGCGACGCCUCCUCCGCGGCGAUCGGGGACGAAGCACCGUCCGGUUCCGCCGCACCGCCGGGUAUGACCCCGGCCGACUUCCCCGACGGCGGCAUCCAGGCCUGGACUGUCGUGUUUGGGGGUUGGUGCGCCUUGUUCUGCACGUUCGGCCUGAUCAACUGCGUCGGCGUGUUCCAGGCGUACUACGUCCAGGGGCCCCUGAGCCAGUACCCGUCCUCGACGGUCGCGUGGAUCACCAGCCUGCAGGUGUGGACGCAGACUUUCAUGGGCGUCGUGUUCGGCCGGUUCUACGACUCCUACGGCCCCAAGUACCUCCUUUACGGCGGCACCGUUGUGUACGUGUUCGGCCUGAUGAUGACGAGCCUCUCGACCCAGUACUACCAGUUCAUCCUGGCGCAAAGCAUCGUCUCGUCCGUCGGGUCGAGCGCCUGCUUCAACGCCUCGAUGGCGGCGGUAACCUCGUGGUUCUUCAAGCGACGCGCCGCGGCCUUCGGCAUAAUGGUCUCGGGCUCGUCGCUCGGCGGCGUCAUCCUCCCCAUCAUGAUGAGCAAGAUGAUUUCCCAGGUCGGCUUUCCUUGGGCCAUCCGCGCCGUCGCCUUCAUGUUUCUGUUGCUGCUCGGCGUCGCGUGUCUGACGGUCAAGUCGCGGUUGCCGCCCCGGCCCCGUCCGUUUGUGUUCAAGGAGUACGUCGACAGCCUGCGAGAGCCGCCGAUGCUCAUCACCGUGUGUGCCUUGUUCCUCUUCUUCUGGGGCAUGUUCCUGCCUUUCAACUUUAUCAUCUUGCAGGCGAGGGCUCAAGGCAUGGAUGAGAACCUGGUCAUUUACCUGCUUCCGAUCAUGAACGCGGUCAGUAUCCUCGGUCGUAUCAUCCCCGGGAUCGUCGCCGACAAGGUUGGCCGGUACAACGUCAUGAUCUUCAUCACCUUCGUCAGCGCCGUCUUCUGUCUCGGCUUGUGGAUCCCUGGCAAGAGCAACGCCGCCAUCAUCGUCUUCCUCGUCAUCUUCGGCUUCUCCUCUGGCGGCUUCAUCUCACUGGCGCCCGCCUGCAUCGCCCAGAUCUCCGAUAUCAGGCAGAUCGGUGUCCGCACCGGGACUGCGUUUGCCGUUCAGUCAUUCGGCGCGUUGACCGGAAGCCCCAUCGCCGGCGCCAUUGUCGCGUCGCAGGGUGGGAGCUACCUGGGACUGCAGCUGUUCUGCGGGUUCUCGAUGCUUGCGUCGGUCGGUGUGUUUUUUGCGGCGAGGACAGCGCAGGUUGGUUUGCAUCUGAAAAAGGUGGUAUGA